AGUCAUCGAUCACAGUGAAAAUGCCCGCGCGACUCAGCAAGUUUUCCAUUGAUGUGCCUUGCCAGGAUUACGCUCAUCCAUGGACGAACUCGUGCGUCAGCGCGACCACUGGUCUCGGUUUGCACUCCCUCCAGGAAUCCUUCAGGAUAUACACGACUGUUUACAUCAUUGCAUUUUUAAUGAGAAGAAAAGUACCAACGAAGGAAGACGUCAAGAAAACUGUAUUGGGUAUUCUCCAAUCCACAGCAUUCCUUUCAUGGAGUGGUUUUUCUUACUCGUUGUUUAUCUGUUUGUUAAGGCGAAUAUUUGGACGUUUUUAUAUGCCGACUGUCUCGUUUCUUCCGUCCUUUUUAUCUAGCCUAUCUGCUAUUGUGAUAGAAAGAGCCUCUAGACGAACGUUAUUGUGUCUCUACGUAUCGAACAUUGCGACGGAAACGUUGUUCAGAAUGGGCGUAUGGCGUGGGUACUUUUCGCCCAUUCCGAGAGGAGAAGUCUACAUCUUUGCCGUAAGCGUAACUGUGUUACUGUACUUCUUUCGAUCGAAAGCAAACAAGCAGGAUCAGAUAUAUAAGAUAUUUAGGUAUUUGAAUUUAUGUGCUUGAUUUCUCUGUAUUAUAUAUAUAUAUAUAUAUAAUAUUCUAUGGAAGUCUUUUGAAGCAUACAAAUAUAUCAUUAAUAGCUUAAAAGCACAAAGUAAGGAUGCCUCGUGUCCGCAUCCUUACAGUUGCGCACAUUACAUCUUAGCGGAUAGCGCAAAAAUCUUCAGUUAUGGUGUCUGUGGACAAAUAGCAUUAAAAUUAAUCUUCCAAUUUAAAAGAUUACUUCAGAAACCAAGGUUACUAAAAACUACCAUCUUUCAAAGGGAAAAUAUAAAUCUGGCUAUGUUUCUUGGAGGUUUUGGCGGUCUUUACAGACUAGUGUCAUGCAUGUUAAGAAGAAUUCUUCAUAAAGAUGCACAUAUUUACGCCAUUCCUGCUGGACUUAUUGCGAGCAUAACGUUUACGGCAUAUCCCAAUACUACUGUAGCUUUGUACUUCAUGUGGAAAAUGUUACAGCUAUUAUGGAAUGACGCAGUAGAAAAGAAGAAAAUAUCUGAAAUAAAGUGGUUUGCAAUUUUAUUGUAUUGCUUUAGCACGGCACUUCUCUUUCAUGUGGCUAUACUAGAACCGCAAAAUCUAAGACCAUCCUAUUGGAGAUUCCUUUACAAUAUGUCCGGUGGAAGAAUAGCAGUAAUGUCUCGAUUACCCUUGAAUAUAUUCGGUCUAGAAAGCAACAAAAAUUUGCAAGAAGUGCUCAGAAAAACGAAAACCACAGAUCAGCUUAGUUUUUCUUUUGAAAUGUCUACAAGUAAAAGCGACAAUACGUACCUUAAUGUCUUUUUAUUCUCUUCAUAAGAGCGUAAUGUUUCAAAACCAAAGACAAAAUGUGCGUUUACAUGAAUUGUAUAAAUUAAAUUCUAUACGAUAUGUAAUGAAGGGAAGCAACAAAAUGCACAUCUUAGCGUAGCGAAUUAAACAUCGAUGUUUUUCAAUUUUCUUUCUUUUCUUCAACCUAAUUCGAAAGCGAUGGUGCUUGGAUAUGUUGUGAUACUAAAAGAACUUAAUACUUUUAUACAUAGAUAGAACAUAUAUAUAGAACUUGUGUAACUUAAUAUAUUUGAUUGUUACGGUGUGAUAAUUAUAUGUCAGGGAAAUAGAUAAAUAUUAUUUAAGUAUGGAUAUGGUUAUGCAAUACGUUUAUCCGUAAAUGUUCAAAUAAAUUAGUAAGAUAUUUUCAUACUUUCUCUGCGAUGUAUACAUCAUGAUUUUUUUCUAUGUUUAAUAUAUGGACUUUAUAUUUGCUGCUGAUAUAAUAUAAAUUACGUUUCGAACGGAUAGACACAUGUAAUGGAUUUUAUUAAAUAUAUAUAACUUAUUUAU